AUGUCUACCUCUCACAUUGAUCUUGAGUGUGCUUAUAAUAUUCUUUCUCUUCAAACAAACAGUCUUUCAAGUAAUCAAAGCAGUUUUUUGAAUGGUGCCAAUUUUCUUCAAGAAAGCAAUUUUCUUUUCCUUGAUAAUAAUUUUCAAGAAAGCAGUUUUUUUGUCCUUGAUGAUGAUGUUCAAGAAUGCAGUAACAAGCAAAGCAACCUUCUAAAUGGCAAUUUUCAAAAAAGCAGUGAUGAGCAAAACCUCCUCCUAAAUGAUGAUAUUCUUCAAGAAAAUAGCAACAAUCAAUACAACAAUGAUCAAAACAGUAAUGAUCAAGACAGCAACGAUCAAGACAAUAAUGAUCAAGAUAGCAAUGAUCAAGAUAGUGAUGACCAAGGUAGUCAUCCAAAUGAUGAUUAA